UCCUCUCCUUCUUCAAAUCAAUUACACUCUCUCACUGUGUGUGUUUUUGUGAUCUGGCUAAAUGGAAGCAAGAUUAGCAGAAGAAGAAGACAAUAAGAUACAAUCUGUGGGUGAUCAGAUAUUGAUGAUGAAGAAGAAGAUCAUCAAUGGAACUGUGACUUUGAUGAAGAAGAAAUUUCUUGAUUCCAAUGAAAUCAUUGCGUCUGUUCAAGAUCGUUUUGAUGAAUUGAUUGGUCGUAAGGUCUCUUUUCAACUCAUCAGCAGCUCAAGUUCUGAACUCAUCAAUGGCGAUCCUCAUCAUCCAUCUGGUUAUAAAGGAAAGAUUGGGAAGGCAUCAUUUUUAGAAGAUUGGGCAUCAAAAAUCACACCUUUAACAGCUAAUGAUAUCUCAUUCCCAAUUACCUUUGACUGGAAUGAAGAAGAUAUGGGAUUGCCAGGAGCUUUCAUAAUUCAAAAUUUUCACAGCAAUGAAUUCUACCUUAAAACACUCACACUCAAAGAUAUCCCUGGACAUGAUCAUCCAAUCCACUUUAUCUGCAAUUCUUGGAUUUACCCAUCAAAGUGCUAUGAAAAUGAUCGCGUUUUCUUCACCAAUCAGACUUAUCUUCCAAGCCAAACACCAUCUCCAUUACUUUAUUAUCGAGAAAAAGAGCUAGAAGUGGUUAGAGGAAAAGGAAGUGGAAUACUUCAAGAAUGGGACCGUGUUUAUGAUUAUGAUAUCUAUAACGAUUUAGGGGAUCCUGACAAGGGUGAUAAAUAUAAUCGUCCAAUUCUCGGAGGCUCUUCAUCUUAUCCUUACCCACGUAGAUGUAGGACAGGUCGUCCUCCAGCAAACAAAGAUCCUAGAUAUGAAAGCAGGCUUUCAAUCUUUAAGAGUUUGGACAUUUACAUACCUAGAGAUGAACGGCUCAGUCAUUUGAAGAUGUGUGAUGUGGUGGCAUUCGGUUUCAAGACUAUUUUUCAGUUCGUUGUUCCUGGAUUUGAAGCUUUGUUAGACACAACCCCAACCGAGUUUGAUAAGUUUGAAGAUAUACUUGAUGUUUAUCAAAAAGGGAUCAAGAUUCCUGAUAAAAUAUCAUCUUUAGUUCGUAUGAUUAAAGAAGAAAUCCCUUUUCAGACGUUUAAAGAGUUGCUAAGAACAGAUGGGGAGCGGUUUUGCCAUUUUCCAGUCCCACAAAUAAUUGAAAAUGACAAAUCUGCAUGGAGCACAGAUGAAGAAUUUGCUAGGGAAAUGUUGGCUGGAUUAAACCCUGUUGUCAUAACCUGUCUCCAGGAAUUCCCAGCAAACAGCAUGCUGUUAAAGAAUAAGGAGCAAAUUGUGAAAGAUUUGGAAGGCUUGUCAAUAGAUGAGGCUUUAGAAAAGAAGAAGCUCUUCAAAUUAGAUUUCCAUGACGCGUUUAUGCCAUACUUGAACCGAAUAAACAGUAGCACGUCGACAAAGAUAUAUGCAACAAGAACACUCCUCUUCUUGAAGAAUGAUGGAACAUUAAAACCACUUGCCAUUGAACUAAGCCUGCCUAACCCAAAUAUUGAAAAUGAAGAAAUAAGCCAAGUUUAUAUGCCAGCUGAAAAUGGGAUUGAAGGAACUAUAUGGCAGUUGGCCAAGGCUUAUGUUGCUGCAAAUGAUGCUGGCUAUCAUCAACUUAUAUGCCACUGGCUUCACACACAUGCUGUAAUGGAGCCAAUUAUUAUAGCCACAAACAGGCAGUUAAGUGUGGUUCAUCCAAUUCACAAGCUCUUGCACCCACAUUUUCGCGACACCAUGAACUUAAAUGCCCUUGCUAGGCAGGGACUAAUCAAUGGCGGUGGACUUCUAGAGAGAACUAUGUUUCCUUCACAAUUUUGCAUGGAAAUUUCAUCUCUUAUGUAUAAUGAUUGGACCUUUCCUCAUCAAGCCCUUCCUGCAGAUCUACUCAAGAGGGGAGUGGCGGUUGAGGAUGAGAAUUCUAAACACGGUCUACGCCUUCUGAUAGAGGAUUAUCCUUAUGCUGUCGAUGGUCUUGAGAUUUGGUCAGCAAUCAAGACAUGGGUGAAAGACUAUUGCUCAUUUUACUAUAAAACCGACGACAUGAUUCAAGAAGAUUCCGAGCUCCAAUCCUGGUGGAAUGAGGUAAGAGAGAAAGGCCAUCCCGACAAGAAAGAUGAACCAUGGUGGCCUAAAAUGGAAAAACAAGAAGACCUGAUAGAAACAUGCACCAUAAUAAUAUGGGUAGCUUCUGCCCUUCAUGCAGCCGUCAAUUUCGGACAAUACCCAUAUGGCGGUUACCUCCCAAACCGGCCUGCAAUGACCAGACGUCUGUUGCCAGAACCAGGAACAGAUGAUUAUGAAGAGAUGGGUUCGAAACCUGAAAAGGCUUUUUUGAAAACGGUGACUUCACAGUUGUUGAGCAUUGUUGGGAUUUCUUUAGUGGAGAUACUGUCGAGGCAUUCGGUGGAUGAGGUUUUCUUGGGGCAGAGAGAGAACAUGAAUGAUUGGACAAGGGAUGAAGAAGUUUUGAAAGCGUUUGAGGAAUUUGGAAAGAAGCUUCUAGAAGUGGAAGAGAAGAUAAUGGGUAUGAAUAAGGAUGGGAAAUGGAGGAAUAGAGUUGGACCGGGGAAUGUUGCUUAUACUUUGCUUUUGCCAUCAAGUGAAGUUGGUCUUACUGGUAGGGGAAUACCCAAUAGUGUCUCCAUGUAGUAUUACAAAAUAAUUACUAUUUACUAUUUACUAUUUACUAAUCUUAUGUGGGUUGGAACUUUGAAGGAAAAUAAAGAUAUUUGAACAUGGGUACUUAAUUAAUUUAUAUCAUGAACACUUUGUGAA